UCAAAUGAGUUUUUACCACAGUUGAACAGCGGCAUUCGGAGCGUACGGACCAAAUAAAUAUAGUUUGGCGGAAGCGGCAAAUUUUUCUUUAAAUAAUUUUAAAUAAAUUCUCCCUCACUUCUCAUUUCAUAACACCCUAAAUUUAGACGUUUUGAAUAAAGAAUACAACAAAAAAAAAAAAGUUAACUAAAAAAAAACACUAAAACUUCGUACAUUGUGUAUGUAUCCAGUGACAAUACAUACAUAACAAAUUUUGUGCAAUUAUACUAUACAUACAUAAGUGUUUUCUCUAUGUGUGUGUGUGUGUAUGUAAGUAAGUGUCUGUGAAUUUUGAACUUUUCUAACGAGAAAAAGAGGUGUUUUAAUUUGAAUACUACUGCAGAGAAGAAAGAAAACUUGGGUUUUUUUUCUUUGUCCGGACAUUAUUAUAUUGGGUGUUAAUUAAUACAUUUUUGGAAUUUCUUUUACGUCGGCUUUACUCCUUUGUGAGUUGUAAAAUCUUUAAAAGUGGAAUCCCCAAAGGCAGAAAACUCUACGGACGCUCAGUUAGCACCACCAGUGGAAUCACCGGCAGAGCCAGCGACAGCAGCAGCAGCAGCAACAGCAGCCCCUAAGAGUACCACACCGAAGACGUCCGGUACAAACAAACGUACAAAAAUGGCUGACAAUUGUUUUAAGUGUAAAAAAUCAAUCAACUCCAAGGAGGCCAGUAUCAGCUGUAACUGCCAGAAAAAAUAUCAUCGCAGCUGUGUGAACAUCGAUGACGCCCUUUACGAGGCCAUACAAAAGAAUCCCAUGAUCUCGUUCAGCUGCGAUGAGUGUCGCCAGCAAUCGCCCAAAGCCAUGGCAGCCAAGAUACACGCCAUGGAGGAUAAACUUAAUAAGGUUGUAAACGGUGUCAACCAGAUACAGGGACGCAUGUAUCAGCAAUACUUCCAGUUCGGUAAUGCCAACAAUGCCAACGAAGUUAAAAAACAGACCAACAGUCUUAUAGUUGUCGGCAAUAAUUGCAAUUCGGAUCGUUUGCAAGUCGUCUGUGAUUAUGGACGCUGGGUGCAAGUGGGCAAAUUUGCCACCUCUACCUCAGAGGAUGACAUUAUCGAACAUUUGGCUGAGGAGUUAAAGAUUAAUAAGAAUCUUGUUAAAUGCACUAAACUGGUGAAGAACGAUGCCAAUUUGGCUGCAUUGUCUUAUUGUAAAUUUAAGAUUUCCAUACCGGACUAUCGCUUCAACGAGCUGUUCAACGAGGCUAUUUGGCCCAGUGGUGUAAUGGUCUCACCAUUUACCCCACGUUCCCAAUUAAAUCAAAAUCGCAUUUAAAGGGGAAAAAAAAAGAAACUGGUAAAGAAAAACAUAUGUAUGCACGCCACCACCAAUGAAGACAAAAAGAGCUUAAGUUGAUGAAAAAGAGAGAGAGAGUAAGAAAAAGAGAGAGGAAAACGCAAACCUCCCCUCCCCCUUUUGUAAUAAAACAAAGGGGUGUUGUUUUCAACUUUCUUUUUUUUUUGUGGAACCAAAAACUGAGGGUGUUUGCCAAUUGUAGGAGUUUUAAGAGAAUUUGAGAGAACGACACAAAAACGAGAGCGAGCGUAUUCACACCACAAAGACCAACACAGCUGGGUAUGGGGUUCUAACUAUAUGUAUAAGUUAUACCGAAAAAAACAACAACAACAGAAACAACUUAAUAUUUAGCAAACACCUUUCAAUUUUGAAAAUUAUCAUCAAUUUUCGAGAACUUUUUGUUUUUCAUUAAAUAUUUUUUUUAAUAAAAUUUUUUCAUUGAUUCAUUCAAAGGCGUUGUAGAACAUAGAAGAUUUCUUUUUUUGUAAGGAAUGAUUUAAAAAUCAAAUACAAUUUUUUUUUUUUUUUCAAUAAUUCUCAAGAAUUAAAAACAAAUUUGCAAUUGAAAAAAUGUUAGAUGAGACAAAAAAAGAGAACAAAUUUUGCUUGAAAAAAUCAAGAUUUUUUUCCAAACACAAUUUAAAAGCUUAAUAAAAAUAAAUAUUGAAACAUGGUAAUACAUUAAAUAUAUACUUUUAAAAUAUUUUAGACAUUUAUGAAACAAAAACAAAAACAAAUACUAUUCUAUUCAAAAAUAAUAUGAAAACAAAAACCCAAAGUAUUAGAAAUUUGCAUAAUAAUUAUAUUUGUCGUAAUUUAACAGUAAAACAAACAUAAAUACAUAUUUAAAAAACUUAAAACAAAACAACAAUUAAAUUAUUAAAUUUUCAAAAACUAAAUAACAACAAUUUAGAAAGUACUACACAACAACAACAAGAAGUAAAAGCAUAGAAAUACUAUAUAUAUAUAUAUAUAUAUAUAUAUUUAAUUGUAUGUAUGUAUUUUAAAAUAUUUCCAAAGAUUAACUUUAAGUAUAUUCCCCCUUUUUAAAAAUAAAACACUUUAAUUAUUUAAAAAAAAAAGCCAGAAAA